GUUGGCGGCGGUCACAGACGAGAUGUCGGUGCCCGGUCCAACUAGUGUGCAGAGCAUCAGUGUCGAUGUCAUAAAGACACGACCUGACGCAUAUGGGUCGCGCUUGGAAUACCCUCAGAACACGCAUGGUCCGCCACAAAAUAAAAGUGACUUUGUGUAUGUGAAUAGCGCGUACGUUGGAAGCGUUAACAGUGUGAACUCGAAUAUACGAUAUGAACCGCCAACUACCGUCAUCCGAGAGCAGUAUUGGGCGUGUUCGAAGUGGUCAUUCGCUCAGCGUUCGCUCGCGUUGGCUGUUGGCGUUUUGCUCGGCACAGUGAUCAGUUUGAUCGUUCUUAUCAUUUUCAAAAACAACGAUGAGGACAUCACUGAUAUCUUCAGGCCAAGUCCUGCUCCCGAUUAAUGUAAAUCCACACCUUCGCCUGAAUUCCUGUACUCCAGUCUAAUGUACUCGUGUGUUAUUGUUUUUUGAAUGUGCUUGAAGGAAAAACGAUGAAUUUUGACGAUUAUAUUUGACCGUAUUUAUUUUUAAUUGUAGUUAAAUAUAUCUGAAUAAAGAAGAGAAGCAGUACAUACAA